CGACUCAGCGGCGUGUUCUUCCCUCAAGUUCCUGGUAUCUCGGCGGGAGCGCGACGCCGGCUUUCUGCGGUCUCCCUGCCCCGGCGGCCGCCUCGGGACUGUCGCCCUCUGUCUUUCAGCUAGGGGCCAGUGCUUGUGCGCGCACGCCUCCUCACGCGACCAACUCAUGGCGGAGCGCGGGGAACUCGAUCUGACCGGCGCCAAACAGAACACGGGAGUGUGGCUGGUCAAGGUUCCUAAAUAUUUGUCCCAACAAUGGGCAAAAGCCCCUGGAAGAGGUGAAGUUGGGAAACUGAGGAUUGCCAAGAAUCAAGGGAGGACUGAGGUAUCCUUUACUUUGAACGAGGAUCUUGCAAACAUUCAUGAUAUUGGUGGGAAACCAGCUUCAGUCAGCGCUCCUAGAGAGCAUCCAUUUGUCUUACAGAGUGUUGGAGGACAGACAUUAACAGUGUUUACCGAGAGCGCCUCAGAUAAACUGUCAUUGGAAGGAAUAGUGGUACAGAGAGCGGAAUGCAGACCUGCUGCCAGUGAAAACUACAUGAGAUUAAAGAGAUUGCAAAUAGAAGAAUCUUCCAAACCUGUAAGGCUAUCCCAGCAGCUGGACAAAGUCGUAACGACCAAUUACAAGCCUGUCGCUAACCAUCAGUACAAUAUUGAAUAUGAAAGAAAGAAGAAAGAAGAUGGAAAGCGGGCUCGGGCAGACAAACAACACGUCCUGGACAUGCUGUUUUCAGCUUUUGAGAAACAUCAGUACUAUAAUCUUAAGGACUUGGUCGAUAUCACAAAGCAGCCUGUGGGAUACCUGAAAGAAAUCUUGAAAGAAAUCGGCAUUCAGAAUGUAAAAGGGAUUCACAAGAAUACAUGGGAGCUGAAGCCAGAGUACAGGCAUUACCAAGUAGAAGAGAAGAGUGACUGAGAGAAGCCUGUGCUACAACAGUUAGCAGCAGCUCACAGCUCAUGCUGAGCGCCUGCUGACCGGGCAGACACAACCGACUGCUUCUGCCUUCCUCUCAGUAAACCGUUAAAGCUGGCAUUCCAUGCAGUUUCCUAAGUGUUUUUUUGAAGAGAAAGAUGUUAUUUAUAGACUAAACUUGUGUUAAACCAUAGCGUUCAGCUGGACCUGCUAGCGUAUGCGUGCGUCCAGCACUCGGGAGGCCGAGGCAGGAAGGUGUGAAUGAGUUUGAGGCCAGCCUGCAAUACACAGCAAGACCCUCCCCGUAAAAGAAAAAUAAGUUCAUGGUAUGGGUAGGGUCUGGGAAUUAAAACUGCUUUUGUCUCAA